GGCUGGAGCCAAUACUGGAUGCGGUGGAGGUUGCGAAGUCCAAGGAAAUCCGGCUGAAUGGACUGCAGUUGCUCACUGGACUUCUUGCAGGAACGACGGUGUCCGUUAGGAUGAUAUCCGGCGUGUCCAUGUUCGGCCGAGUUCACCGGAUCCUGGCGGCCAUUUGCACGGCGGACGCAGAGAGCGCUGACAACGUUCGGGACGUCGACUUUCAGAUACAGCGGCAGGGCUGGAUUGGAAUGCGCCAUGUAUGGAACCUGUCCCACCUGCCGUACGAUUGGCCGCAGACAGCUAUGGAGCAGUUCCUGGAGGCAUUUCAAGCGUGCAUUCUGAACGACAAGCUGGGAUUCACCCGCGAGCGGUGCAGUCUUCUGGAACAAGCAUUCCUAGCCUGCGCGCAAGUCACACAUGUCUUCCACAAACUCAUGCAUGUGGUUGCAGUGGCUGCUCUAGCAACCUAUCUUGACCAACUGUUGGUUGUUAUAAGCCAUAUACUCCAGGACUCAGAAUAUCACCAGCUGUCCAGCGAGGAAGGUUUCGCAAUGUUUGAAGCGCUGCUGACCUUUCUAUCGGACCUGACUCGGCUGGAUCACGCCAACCUUGUUCAUGUAGCCUUGCUCCUUGCUGGCAGUGACCUGCUGACCACUUCACUUGGCUACGUGGCGGCACGCUCCUCAUCGGCAGCAUGGACGUUUGUGGAGCAGGUAUGCAUGCGUGUAGCGGAGUACCAUGCAGGCCUGCUGGAUCAACCCAGCGACGGUCUUGCUCUUGGACAAGCGUUCUCGGCUUUAAAAGCAUUCAGACCAAACUGCAACUCACAGGACAUGCUGACGAUUUUGUCUUCAAUCCCGUCAACCGAUCGACAGGUGGCGCUCUCACAAGCCGCCACAAUCUCGUUGCUCUACACGGCUUUCUUGCACGGGCAAAGAAUUGUGCCAGCUGAAGACCUAUGUAACUCGCUGACAGAGCUGCUCUUGAAGUCUGGGCCAUUGGAGCUUAUGACAGACACACAGUGGAGACAAAUCCUGUAUCUGAUCUCGAAUCUUGAUGGUGAAGAGUUUGUACCACACAUACACUGGUGCAAGGCCUGGAGCAUUGUGGUCGUUGGAUUGGAAAAGGUGGCACACUCUAUGAAGGAUAUCUUCUCUCCAUGUAUCAAGUUUCUCUCCUGGACGCUCCGCACGGACUUGCCAUUUUCUGUUCAGAAAAGUCUUCUAGAAACCUGUCUUCAAAUGUUCGCCAAGGAGGACUUGCUGGCUUCUCGCGGCCAACUGAUCAAGAGCUACUUCACAAAGGGAGAGUUUGUUUGUUUAGUUCAAGCCACCCCGGCAUCCCUGCCACCCCUGAUUGAGAUCCUGUCGUCUUCCUGUGAGACGAUCGUGGCGACCGCUUGUGAGUUGCUGACCGACUCCCUACUGAAUUCUACAUUGACAGCACCACGGCAGCAGGCGAUGCAAGUGCAAGCUACAUCAUCGCCAUCCUUGGUCGAUGGCAAGCCGUCUUCGCAUGGCGGCACGAGCGGUUGUUUACACCUGCUGGCUGAUUUACCAGCUCGGCUAGAGGUGACUCUCAUCGGGCACCGAGUCAGACCAGUUUCAGAUCACACCUGCUCAGCUAUCAUUCGCCUGCUGGCCGUGCACCAUCGCCAGCAGCUGUGCGGAAGAGUUGACUACACUAUGGGAGCAGUCUCUCUCAAGCUCCUCUGCACUGUGCUAAGCCUGGUGGAGAGGCAUGCCAAGGAGUUAAUGGCCCUUGAGGAGGAUGGCAUCACCGACUUUUUGGCUUCUCUUGAGGGCGCACGCUCGGCACUGGUUGUCGAUCUCCUCUCCUAUCUGACGCUGGUGGCAACCUCGUGCUGGCUGCGCACCGCUCCACAAGCUGCCUCGAUUCUGCUCAGCAAUGGAGGGCUGGGUCUGCUGCUGCAGCAGCUUGUACGCCACUGUGCCCAACGCCACCAGCAUGUGAAGUUUCAGCAGCUGAUUUCGGUGGUGAUGUCUCUACUGACACAGCUCAUACAUUGUCAACACUCUCUGCAUCUGCACGGCAACUGGACGAUCGGAAUCACCCUGUCUGAAGUUCUUCGAUAUGUUGGAUCAAGCACCGCUGGACUAUGUGUGACAUCCGGGCUCUGUCUUGCGGCGUACCUACGACACAGAUGUCACGCGGUGGAGUCAUGCCUGUGCAUUGCAGGCCUGGACUUUGUCGACGGCUCCAUGUAUCUCAACUGCAAGCGAGAAAGCCGCGCUGUACUCGGCAAGCAGAUGAUGGCUACGACAAUGCUUGCCACUAGGCUCCUGCUUCGGGAUGACCCGGCGGUAGGCAUGGUCGGCUCAAUUCUCCUCCACACGCUCAUAAGACAGCUCACGUCGGCAGAGCACAGUUUGGCAGGUCUCCACAGACAGUGGCUGAGCAGUCCUUGGCUACUACAUGCACUGCAAGCCAAGCUGUCCUAUUUCACCGACUUCAGCUGCUCCAAAUCUUCCGCUGCACUUCUCCUUGUGUGUGACGAUAUUCCUCUGCAGUGGCAGAAGUGUCUCAGCUCCAGCAUGCACACCGCCUGCGCAGCGGCUGUGCUCAAACACUUUACUUGUGCUGCUGCUGUGCCAAACAACGCUGUCAAUAAUACGCUCCUCGGGGACAGCAGUAACGCUGUCAAUACUAGUGAUGGUGCUGUUGUGCCUGAACCUCGACCUGAAGAUGCUUGCAACGCCGAUAUGCACUGGUUCUUGCGUUUCUUUGGCGACGAUAAGCUACCCCAGGCACCACUGCAGUCAGAGGGCUGUGACGACAAUAUGGAUCAGCCAGGGUAUGCGGAUGGUCCUGAUGCUGCCGGGAAAUCCCCUCCAGAUGUGAACCACCCAUCCGGCAAUGCGACUGACGCAAUCACAAAACAUCCUGCAGCCGAGUUGACGCGGCGGGCUGUAGAGUUCAACAGUGUUGAUCAACUGCACACUAACAUUCUACAUGUCGCCGGCGUCCCCGUUGUGCUGUUGUUUCCGCCGCUGCCCAGGCCAAUUGUAUGCUGAACCCAGCGACGUGUGUACGAAUUGACAAGAGGUUUGGUGGUGAUGGUGGUGGCGGCGGUGGGGGUGGGGGUGUCAGUUUAAGUAUUCCAUGCUGUUCUAUACUCGUCUUUAUGCUAGCCUACAACAUUAAAUGCUGCCACCUGUUUAAAACUGUUUAGUACUUGGUAGAUGUCAAACCUAAAUGCAAUUCCAUUGAAUCUCCCCCCCCCCCCCCCCCUCUCUAUCUCUGUAGCACUUUCUUCCUUCCUUUUACUUCUGAAGUCAUUUUUUAAUUUCAUGAGCGCAUGCUUGGAAUGUCACUCCCUCUGUUGUGUUCUUACCAUAUUCUCAAUACUGACCGCGAAGUAAUGUUUUUGCACCCCCCCCCCCCCCCCCCCCAUGUAUUCAACAAAGAAAUCGCUGGAGCUACAUAUACAGCACAGGCAUUCUGCCAGUAUGCCGGCAACUAUAUUCUGCAACAUCUCAUUCCAUCCAGUUGUCACUUGCUUUCUAUUCACCAGUCCACCCUACAACCAAAGAGGAGAAAGGCCAAGAUUAGACCAGUGGUGUCAAGUUGAAAGGCACCGAUCUUUUUUCCCUGUCCUGCGAGACAUGAUCUAGCCCAGAUUACAGCUCAAUUGGUUUCACAAAACCGCACCUGCACCUCCACGCGCACGCCUCUUCUUCGUGCAGGAUCUAGGACCAGUUUGUCUGCCCUCGAACCCAGUCAUCUAUCCGCCUUUUGCAUGAGAUUGGUAUGGCAUGAUUCUAUCACUUCUAUUCUGGUUUAUAACGCCUAGUAGAUCUACAGUGCUGGCAAAUGAAAUCCGACCCCCUCACAUCGCAAAGACCCAACACGGCAUUGUAAAACUACGAAAUAGAG